ACAAACAAACUCAAUCCCAUUUUCCUCUUCACUCUCUAAUUUUCCUCCUCACUUUCUAAUUUUCCUUCACAAUUCUACAAGAUCAUGGGCGUUGUGACUUUCACUGAUGAGUAUGCCUCCCCAAUCCCUCCGGCUAGGGCAUUCAAGGCCUUGAUACUUAACGGUGACAACUUGAUCCCAAAACUCAUGCCACAAGCCUUUAAGAGCAUUGAACUCAUCCAAGGCGAUGGUGGAGCUGGAAGCAUCAAGCAAAUCAACUUUGCCGAAGGUGGCCCAUUUAAGUUUGUGAAGCACAGAGUUGAUGAGGUAAACGAAGAGGCAUACAAGUACAGCUACACUUUGAUUGAAGGUGAUGUCUUGAUUGGCAAGUUUGAGAAGAUUUGUUAUGAGAUUGAGCUCGUGGCCUCAGCAGAUGGUGGUAGCAUUACCAAGUCGACAACAAAAUACUAUCCUUUGGGCAAUUAUGUGAUUAAUGAGGAGGAACUUAAGGCUGGGAUGGACAAGGCUGGAGGAAUGUUCAAGGCUGUGGAAGACUAUCUCAUCCAAAACCCUAAUGCCUAUGCUUAAUGGCCUUUGAAAAUCACUCUCAAUCCUAUUUAAGUCACAGUGUGUGCUUUGCAUUUUGUUUGUAAUAACGUAGUACCCACCAGUGAUCACAGGUUUGUUGCAUUACAAUGUGUGUUCUUAAUUUAACAUAUGUACUCUCUUUGUUCCAAUAAAGAAAAGAAUUGAGAGAAUAAAGUUUGUCUCAUGAUCUUGGGCAAAAUAGUAUGGAUGUUA